GAAAAUCGAUUUGUUUUUCUUUCGCACUUCUGUUUGUCAGUCAUCGAACCGAACAGAAAAGGCACCAAAAACUUACAAAGACUGUCGCAUAAGCAGCAAAUAUUUUGUGCUCUUGGCAAUAAAUCAACAAAAUCAUGCAUGAAGUAUUCUAGUAAAACAUCUGGAUCUGUCCUCUGUUUUAAGAGGGCCCAAGGAAAAUACUAGCAUACAGAGCAAUGCCCACCAAAUAAUUGGAACUAAAGUUUGCUACUAACUUUUAGAUGCGUAACUUUUUUUACGAAUUACAAAACCACUGGCAAAUAACGGGUACUAUGGAGGAUGUCAGGACUCGCGUCGGGGAAGCCGUAAAUGUUAUGCAGUGAUAAGCGACGGUAAAUGGAACUAUAAUACAAUCAUAAGGUUAAGGGAUAUAAAUACUAAUACUGCUUAGUCUGACUGUUGAUGUAUUAUUGGUAACAUUACACUAAACCGUCAAAUUCGCAGUCCAACAUCAGCAUGGCCACCGAGAAUGGACUACGUGUCGUCAGGCAGUACUCCGACGAGGGUCGAAACAUGGCUAUGAGGGCACUGAGCGAUGCCAACGCCGAAGCCAGUAGCGCUGCCAGAAAUGCAUGGUCGCAUGUAUUAGAGUUGAUCCAAAGACUGAAAGACACCGCCAGAGAUGUAGCAGAUCCUACGAUAAUCUACGAACAAUUACGAAUACUGUUUCGGGAUGAAAUAUCUCGCAACAAUGCGUUUUUUAUUCUUGUCGGACUUGGCUUUGGAACGACGGGCGGUGUCCUUUUAGGCGUUUGGUUAGCAAGACCCCAUUUAGCAACACCAAUCAUGAAAUCCAUCGCCUGUACCUCCUUCCGUGAUCCGGAUAACGUAACGUUGUGCAAUACAGCUGUUCCGCAAUUCGAGUCUUCCUCCGAUAUACUGGUGCGUGUCCGGGCUGCUGCUUUAAAUCGAAUUGAUCGUCGAAUAGCGUUCGGGUAUGGACGAACGCUUCGGCGGAUGAUAAAAACCUACGACGUGAACUACAAUCCAGAACUUCCCCUCGUACUAGGACGAUCAUGCGCCGGCGUAGUGGAAGCCGUUGGAAAAGGAUCGAAAAGCGGAAUAGAAAUAGGAGACGAAGUGUGGUUGGCUGCUCCUUGGUACGAGUCAGGAGCUGCGGCAGAGUUGGUAGUUGUGCCAGAAACGCGAAUAUCUCGAAAACCAUUCCUCAUUGGAUUCGAAGGUGCUGCGAGCUUACCCUACAGUGGUUGUAUUGCCUUGAGUUCAAUGGAUGCUCACGGUUUAACAGAACAUACUUGCAAGGAAAAGCGAAUUUUAGUACAGGACGCUUGCUCACCGGUGGGCUGUGUAAUAACGCAACUAGCGAAUAAGUGGGGUGCUCACGUUGCUGUUACGUGCCAUACACGAUCCGCUCCCGUUAUUCAUGAAUUGGGUGCCGGAGAUAUAAUCACCUUUGCCAAUGAACAUUUCCGUUCCAAUUUCAUCGACAUCAAUGUGGAAAAAUCUAAUCUGAUCAACGAGCUGACGGCUCGGGAAAAGUUCGACUAUAUCUUCCUGACCACUCGACUUGCGUACGAUUACAAAUUUCUAAACAAAUUCCUAGCGAAGGGUGGCACCAUCAUAGAUACGGUUGAACCGGAGCUUGCGUCAGAUGAAUUUGGCCCGCUGACUAGAAUGCUUCUCAGUGUACUUAUCAAAUUUCGGAAACUAGCGGCCGUUAUCUUCCGAACACACCCAGAUUGGGGAGGGCCUCAUGUGUGUCACAUGGUACUGGAACGGUUAGCAGGGUUCGUCAACGACGAAACAUUGAAAACGGUUGUUGAUAGGGUCUACACUCCAAACGAAGUCGAAAGAGCAAUGGAUCAUAUCUGCAGUGAAAAAAGUAUUGGCAGCACUAUCAUUACCUUCCGAUAGAAGGAAUUGUGUAUGUUCCGAAUUUUAACUAAGCGCUGAAAAAAACGAAGAAUGUAUCGUGUUUCUACAGCUGUAACUGUUUGUAAUUUUACAAAAGUUGAAAAAAUGUCCCAACUUUUUUUACCCCUUGAUGAUAAAAGGUAAUAACCA